AUGAGCUACGACCGUGCCAUCACCGUUUUCAGCCCUGACGGGCACCUGAUGCAGGUGGAGUAUGCGAUGGAGACCGUCAAAAAGGGUGGUUGCGUGGUCGGCGUGAAGGGUGUCGACAGCGUGGUCCUGGCCGCGGAGCGCAAGAUGACGACGAAGUUGCAGAUUUCUAAGAGCGCUAAGAAGAUUUUCCAACUCGAUGGGCGCCUCGCCACCGCUUUCGCCGGUCUCAAUGCCGACGCACGAGUUCUGAUCAACAAGACCAGGCUAGAAUGCCAGCGUUACCGGAUGAACACCAACCAGCCGGCGUCAGUUGGCUACAUCUCCAAGUUUAUCGCACGGCUACAGCAGAAGUACACACACCGCGGUGGAGUGCGUCUAUUUGGUGUAGCGCUGCUUCUCAUUGGUUACGACGCCGAUGGAAAGCCGGGUCUCUUCCAGACCGACCCUUCUGGAAUCCACUCCUCAUGGAAGGCACAGUCAAUCGGCCGCUCCUCCACGAGCGCUCAAGAGUUUCUUGAGAAGAACUACACCGAGGACCUGGACGCCAAACAGACGGUCACGCUGUCGAUAAAGGCGCUGGCCGAGGUUAUGGAAGUAUCGGCAAACAACAUCGAAGUGGCCGUAUUGAGCCCCGAUGGCCUUCGCAUACUCGAUGAGCAGGAGAUCAAGGAUUUGCUGCAGCGCAUCGAGGAGGAGAAGGAGCCCAAAUGA